UUAUAUAAGGUGGUUAUAAUUUCAUUUCAUCUGGGAUAUUCGAAUAAUAGGACAAAUGAAACAAAAGCUGUGUGACGUAGUGGAUACAAGUUAUAUUUAUAGAUUAUGCACUUAUGUAUAAAAAUAGCUGAAAACGUUUGUUGUUAUUAUGUACGAUACUGAUACAAAGAUAACGUACCAAACAUUAUACAUAUUAUCCGUCAGAAUACAAGACAUAUGAUCUGACUAGAGGAUUGAAUAGUUCCUCUUAAUUUUCAGGUGUGACAAAAGAAAACUACGACUUCAGUUAUUUGAUCAUCUCUACACAGAGCAAAGAGUAAGGUCUUCGUUAAAUCGAUUGUCAAGAUUACCGUGGUGUGUUUUCGGAAGCUGCUAUUUAGUGUACUGCCAUUAAAUGUGAUCACAAGACGUCUGUCAUCUAACAGUAAGUUAUGGAAGACAAAAUUAAAAUCAAAUAUGCCUACAGAUGAUAAAGUUGCCAAAAUAGGACUAUUUGGUGUACCUUUUAGCAAAGGACAGCAACGAGAUGGAACAGAAAAGGGACCUGGAGCACUUCGAAAAGGGGGUCUUCUGAAAACUUUGACUUCAAUCGGUCAUGAUGUCCUUGAUUAUGGAGAUCUGCCGUUAGACUUCAGUGAUGAUAAAGAAGGACAAACAGGGGUAGCAAAAAAUCCAAAAACUGUUGGACAUGCAUCGAAGAUGAUUGCAGACAAAGUUAGCGAAGUUGUUAAAUCUGGCCGAACGUGUUUGGCAUUGGGUGGAGAUCAUAGUAUGGCUAUAGGUACUAUAUAUGGACAGCACCAGGUUCAGCCUGACCAAGUCGUUUUGUGGAUUGAUGCGCAUGCUGAUAUAAAUACACCUUUGACAUCAGGAAGUGGAAAUAUGCAUGGAAUGCCUUUGUCCUUUCUUGUUAAGGAAUUAGAUCCGUAUUUACCUAAGAUUCCAGGGUUUGAAUUUGUCAAACCAUGUCUGACAGCAAAAGAUAUAGCAUACAUAGGACUCCGUGAUGUAGAUCCUGGAGAAAGAUAUAUCAUUGAAAAACUUGGAAUCACAGCAUUCUCUAUGCAAGAGGUAGACAAAUAUGGUAUUAACGAAGUUAUGACACGUGCAUUAAAGGCCAUAGAUCCAGAAGGAAAACGUCCAAUACAUUUAAGUUUUGAUGUUGAUUCAUUGGAUCCAUCUCUUGCACCUAGCACAGGAACACCAGUAUUAGGUGGGCUGUCACUCAGAGAAGGUUUAUAUAUUGCAGAGGAAGUAGCAGAUACAGGUCGUUUAUCGGUAAUUGACGUUGCGGAAGUGAAUCCUAGCCUUGGUUCAGAACAAGAUGUCGAAACGACAGUGAGAAACACUAUUGAAUUCAUUACUAAAUGUUUUGGCAAUAGACGACAAGGCGCCUAUCCUCCAGGCUACCAUAUUCCUCUACCAACAUAAACGUUUGUCUACCAACUGUCUCUUGUACAUAUCAUGCUAAAAAAGGAGUUAAAUAUCGUGUUGUAAAAGGACUGAUUAAUUUGGAAAUAUGUGAGAAUAGGGGAUUUCCAUUUUUAUGUCUCACAAAAGUGUUCAUUAAGUCAAUAUUUUUGAUACUCUUAUUCAUUGAACUGUUAAUUUUGUGAUAUAUAUAUAUAAAUAUACAUGAAUUUGCGUGAUUAUAUGUAUAUUUGUUUUUUUUUUAUUAAUUUAAUUAGAACUAAUGUUUUAAAUAAUAUUUUGUUCCAUUUUGUAACAUUUCAUACACAUUAAAUGGUAAGAAAUUUUCCAUCAUAUUUUGAGUUUUACAUUGUUAUUUGAUUGAUAUUUACAUUAUGUAUACUUUUUAUAUAAUCAGGAUUUUUUAUUGCCUAACUAUAUACCACGUAGUUUUAUCACAAACUUUCAUAUCUUAUGAAACCCUAUUACCAUUUUAAAGCAUGUGCUGCCAAAUAUGGUUCAUUGGUACAUCUAUCAAAAUAAAAUAAUGCUAUUGAUUAUU